GCACGCUCCAGCUGCAGACGACCCGCCUGCUCGUCUGCAACUACCGCUCGCCCGACCCUACUGCGCCCGGGUCGCUGGCCGGCCUGACCAAGUGCCUAGAGCGGCUGCAGGCCGGCGAGAUGGCGUUCGGUUCCGACUUCCCGGCCCGCGACGGUGAUCUGCAGAUGGUGCCCGACCGGCUGGUGCAGUACACACUCGGUAAGGACCACGUGCAGCCGGCGCCGGCGGACGUGGUCGCCUCGGUGCCGGACUUCCGACGGGGCCUGCCCGGCCGCCUGCUCUGGGAGGAGCCGCGCGACGUCGUCUUCAUCCACAUGGACCCAUUCUGGGGCGACUUUUUCGGCACGUCGGCCGUGCGCCACCGGCCGGUGCCGUUCAUCGACGCCAUUCCCGUCUCCAUCUGCACCUGGAGCGUAUCAAGCUGCGCCUCACAGAAGACCGGCUGUCCAACAACAUCACGAGCCCGGGCGUGGUGCCGCUCGACCUGCGCCUGCCGGCCGUGCACGUCACGAGGGAUGGCGCCGGUGUGUUCACCGUCCAGCAGCCGACGCCAGUUUUCCAUCCUGAAGCAGACUCGCUACGUGGCUGGUGUGCUCGAGAAACCGAUGCUGACUGGUGAAACUUGUGACGAGGUGGCGAACAAAUGCUUCGAGCGGCGACACAGGCGUCCGUGA